AACAUUCCUACCUUUUCUUCCCUCAAGCUUUUCACAUCUACACAGCAAACCUUUAUUUUCAGGAUAUGGAUCCAAAGUACACACAGGCACUCGUACUUGUGCUCUUUGCUUCCAUAUUGGGAGUUAGCAAUAGCUAUCUCAACAAGGAUUGGCAGUACAGUGACUGGGGUUCCAAACGUGGCUCCCAUAGACCUGGCUAUACUGCUACUCCUAACAAGAUCAUCGUCGGUGGCUCCGCCAACUGGACCUUCGGCUUUAACUAUUCUGUUUGGGCUUUCAAGAGCGGCCCCUUCUACGUAAAUGACACCCUAGUGUUCAAGUAUGAUCCGCCAAGCGAGAAGAACAUACAUCCUCACAGCGUCUACUUGUUACCAGACAUGUGGAGUUUCAUAAAUUGUAACCUGACAAGGGGUGUAAAGAUUGCGAAUGAGACACAGGGAGCCGGUGAGGGUUUCCGGUUUGUAUUAAAGAACUGGAAGCCUUACUACUUUGCCUGUGGUGCAAGCGAUGGCUACCAUUGCAAUGUUGGCCGGAUGAAGUUCUUUGUUAUGCCAUAUCUUCGUCGUUGGCAUUAUUGAUAGAUAGUGGAAAUUUAACAGUCCAGGGAAGACGCAUUGGUGCUUGAUUACAGCGUUUGUUACCAUACAAUAAGACUAGUUAAUUGUUAUAGUUUUAUUAAUUUGUGAUGAGCAUUUUGUCUUCGAUAUUAGCUGUUGGAUAUCAGCUAGAGAAAAGACAUUAUGUCACGGAAUACUGAAAUUAUAAUAAUUUCCUUUUUGUAAGUUUUCAAUGUUAAGGUGAUGAUUUUAAUAUCUUUAA